AUGGAGGGAGAGGUGACGCCGGAGCAGCAGCGGUUCUAUGAGCAGCAGCAGCGGCAGAGCCAGAUAUACCUGCAACACCAGCAGGCGAAUGGGGGUGGGCCUAUACUGGGGCAAGGGACGCCGGGAAGUAAGCGCGGGAGCACAAGAGGGGAGGAUACGGACGAUGAGGAUAUGUACUCGGACGACGAGAGCUCAGCGGCUAGUAUACCGGAUGAGAAUAUAGAUCCUGGGUUGACUUAUGCUCUGCAUACCUUCCUUGCUACGGUGGAAGGACAGGCAUCGGUGGUCAAGGGCGACUCAUUGCUGUUACUCGACGAUACCAACGCGUACUGGUGGCUCGUCCGCGUCUUGAAGACCGAGGACGUCGGAUACAUCCCCGCGGAGAACAUCGAAACUCCCUACGAACGUCUCGCUCGGCUCAACAAACAUCGGAAUGUCGAUCUCGCCCACCCCACUAUGCUGGAGAAGGCGGAAGGCGAGGCACAAGGGCGUGAGAGGAUGAAGGCCGGUCUGGCAGCUGCGGCGUUGAUGAAGAAGGGAGGCAAGUCGGAUCGGUCCGGAUCAAGCGGAAGUGAUGGACCAAGGAGGGUCAUUUUUGCUCCUCCGACGUACGUCGAGCCCUCUAUCCGUACAUGGAGCUCGGACGAGGAGGGUGAAAGUGGGGAUGAUGAGGACGAGGAUGAUGACGAAGAGGAAGAGGAGGUGGUGGAUAUAGUGGAGCCAAAUCGUCAGGGGAAGAUGGCGGAUAUGGAACCGGAUGAUGGGGUAGAGUGGGCGGACGGAGCCGGCCAGGACGCCCAACGGCGAGUCAUGGAGACCAAUCAAGCGCAGCAAGCUCGGCCGCAGUCUGCAGCCCAGCCGGUCCAGGCAAAAAGCAACAAUCCGUUCGCACCUCGUUCAUCGGAGCCCCUUGUCCAGACAGAGCAGCGUGCCGCUCUCGACCCCGCACAGGCUACAGGCGAGACUAGGCGGAUCACCGCCACUCCCGCUCUCGCGCAAAGCGGCCAAUCCAACGUCCUCCUCCCUAGCGCAGUCGUCGCCAAUGGUCAGCGCAACGUCUCGGCGCAGUCCGGUACCUCGGUCAUGUCCAACGCGUCC